AUGUCAAUAAAUCCCAACUUAAAACUAUUCAAAUUGAUAAACAAUAGGAGAAAUAGCAACACAACUGAUAUAAUGAAUAGUCAACAACCACAAAAAUCACAUCAACAGAAGCUGCAACACCACCAGAAGAACAAAUACGACUCUUUUGAUGCAACUUCUAGCAUAUUAUCAGAUUAUGAUGAUUUGGAAAUAAUCGAUGAUGAUGAUCAGUCGCUGUAUGUUUUGUUUAAUCCCAGAUCAUCAACACUGUCUUCAAGGGGAAAACAAAAGAACAAACAUCAUGAUUCGGAUAUUCUUUCCUUUACUAAUACGUCGAAUACCAAUGGUGAGUAUCAAUCAGACACUGAAAAAGAGGAAGAAGACAGCGAAGAAGAAGAAGAAGAAGAGGAUGAUAAUGAUUACGACACACAAGAAGACAAAGAAGGUUAUUUUGAUGAUGAAAACAAUGACACCGAAGUUUUAAACAGAGAGAGCUUGUCUAAUAAGAUAAAUAGCUGGUAUACUGCCAAUGUUGUAACUUCAAGUCAUCACCAACUGUUGAUUGACGAGAGAAUUGCUAGUUGGGAGUUAGAUGAAGAAGCUAAUAUUUUAGAAGGGAGUCAAGAGUCACUGAAACUGUUAGAAGAAAGUAAAUCCAUAUUAAGAGAGUUUUAUGGAGAUGAUUUAUUCAAAUAUUUAAAUCAAGAUGAAAUUGCAAAGGUCAAGAAAUUCCAUAAAAUGGUUGAUAUCAAGAAUUAUUUAUUAGACAAGACUGAUAAAAGUAAUAAUUCUUUAUUGGAUCAACUACUUUAUAAAGUAUUGUUAUUUAAAGAAAAAAAGCACAAUGAUACAACAUUCCAUCGACAAUAUAAUAUUGGCACUACUGAUUAUAUCAAUUAUUUAACAAAAGAUGUUUCCUCUCAUAGUCCAGCAUUUGUUGCACCAUCCACAAUAUCCGAUACGACAACUGGAGGGUCAUCUUUAAUCAUGUGUGGUGGUGUUGGGUUUGGUGGGUCUACAUCAUGGAAUGACAUAUGA